AUGACCAGCCUGGUUGGCCCGAUACGCCGGAGCAUCACGGCUUCGUCGGCCCUAAGAGCUCCUGGCUUCGCCUAUAUCGUCUCUGUAUCUUCCGAAUACUUCGGGACUGACGAUGCGCUUGCCGAGGAUACCCGUCAGCAUCAGUGCCGCGGCCUAUGUGUUUGCCGCCGGAGGCCUGCUGUCGGGUCAGAAAACUACCCACGUCAUGACGGCUGCCCGAUGCCUUUGUCCACCGUUAACUGGGUACUCACGACUUACAUGGACCACGGCAGCAAGCGUGGCUUCCCGAGAAUCAAGAAGCUCUCCUACAGGCCCCGUUUGCCGUCAGCCGCCCCGGAAUGA